AUGGACUCCAAGCUAAGAAAUAAGAAAAGGGAAGAUGUUAUGCAAUACAUCUCCAAAUGGUUCUUUGAAGCUGGCAUUCCAUUUCAUACAGCCACACUUCCCUCUUUCUAUCAAAUGCUACAAGCCGUGGGGAUGUCUGGAAGUCAUUUACAAGCUCCAUCAUUGUAUGAGUUGAGUGAGACUUGCUUGCAGAGAGAGGUGGAUGCAACAAAAGAGGUUGUUGAGAACUUCAAGAAGACAUGCAUUGUCAACGGUUGUUCCCUGAUGACUGAUGCUUGGAGUGAUCGAAAGUCUAGAAGAAUCAUGAGCAUAGUUGUACACUCUGCCGGGAGGGCAUGUUUUUUGUCUUCACAUGAUACAUCGGCCGAUAAGCAUGAUGCUAACUAUAUUUGUGACUUUGUGAACAAUGCUAUUGAUGAGUUAGGGGAGGAAAAUGUGGUGCAGAUUGUCACCGAUGGGGCUUCAAAUAAUAUGGCGGCCUCUAAGAAAUUGGAGGAGAAGAGGAAAAAUAUAUUUUGGACCACUUACGUAGCGCACACCCUGAACUUGAUGUUAUGUAACAUAGCCAAGUUCAAACUCAUUCAUAAUGUCAUUACAAUGGGGAGGAGUGUAUUGGUAUUUAUAUAUAAUCAUACUAAGCCUCUUCAAUUGUUUAGAGAGUUUACUAAGGGUGAUCUUAUGAGACCGGGGGUUACAAGAUUUGCUACGACAUUCCUCUCACUGCAAUCAUUAAGGGAUCACAAGAAAGAAAUGAGGCGGAUGUUCAUCUCUGAUCAAUGGAUGGAUUGUAGCCUUUCAAGAACAACAGCAGGCAAAAAGAGAUAG